AUGAAGCACCAAAUCGACUGGACUUCUGACGAUAAGGACGCACGCGAGAACUACAAGAAGACCUUCAGGGAAUGUAAGGACUACGGGAACAAGAUUCUGAAAGAUUACAUCAUCCAACGACAAGGCAGCGACCAUUUCUUCAAACACAACAUCGUCAAAUUGCCAGACGUUAACAUACAGUAUGAGGACUUUCUCCAAUUCCCUAAGGUCCAUGUUAAAGCGAUUGGGGAACUCAUGCGUAAGUCCAAGGCGGAUUUGAGUGUAUGUCUUAAAGGGCUUGUUGGACGCUGGGAAAACCAGCAAGCCGACAGGCGUGGGGAACGGCCGAAUAUGGGAGAUGCUAUCAGUGGCGUUUCUGGGGACAUCGGCAGCAACGAGGGCUUUUACAAUCUGGGCUUAUGCGCACGUUACCGGCCUUGCGCCAUUGGUAAAAAGGGCCAUGCCUCAACGGUUUCGCGGUUCAGAUUGCAAGUACAACCUGAAUUGCAAGACAGAUGA